GCCGAGGAAGCAGCGCCCCGCGCCGCGGAGGCGCCCGGGGCCGGGCUGCGGGGCCCCGGCCGGGCCAAAGGGAGAAGAUGCCCUUCCACCACGUGACCGCCGGCCUGCUGUACAAGGGGAAUUACCUCAACCGCUCUCUCUCGGCAGGCAGCGACAGUGAGCAACUGGCCAACAUCUCCGUGGAGGAGCUCGAUGAAAUUCGGGAGGCCUUCCGCGUUCUAGACCGAGAUGGGAACGGCUUCAUCUCCAAGCAGGAGCUGGGCAUGGCCAUGCGCUCACUGGGGUACAUGCCGAGUGAGGUGGAGCUGGCCAUCAUCAUGCAGCGCCUGGACAUGGACGGUGAUGGCCAGGUGGACUUCGAUGAGUUCAUGACGAUCCUCGGGCCCAAGCUGGUGUCCUCAGAAGGCCGGGAUGGUUUCCUUGGCAACACAAUCGACAGCAUCUUCUGGCAGUUUGACAUGCAGAGGGUCACGCUGGAGGAGCUGAAGCACAUCCUCUACCACGCCUUCCGGGACCACCUGACCAUGAAGGACAUCGAGAACAUCAUCAUCAACGAGGAGGAGAGCCUCAACGAGACCUCGGGGAACUGCCAGACUGAGUUUGAAGGAGUCCACUCCCAGAAGCAGAACCGGCAGACCUGUGUCCGGAAGAGCCUCAUCUGCGCCUUCGCCAUGGCCUUCAUCAUAAGCGUCAUGCUGAUCGCAGCCAACCAGAUCCUCCGGAGCGGCAUGGAGUAGGUGACAGAGCACGGGGCGGAUGGUGGGGCGGACAGUGGGGCAGAUGGAGUACUAUCCUCCGCCCCGCCCCACUUGCUCUGUGUGCACACACCGGGGCCCGGACCUCUGGACACACAGGACAGACCCUUGAGGACCACAGAGCCUCUGUCCUCCGUCCUCCAAAACUCCGCAGGGACCGUGCCCGGACCUGGGCCUCCACCAACCCCGUCUCCGGGUGUCUGCACAAGGGCUCUUCUCGCUUUAGUGGUUUUGUUUCCUAAUGCAAUAACUAGCCCAGAGCUCCGAGUUCUGAAGAUAAAUUUACUUCCCUUCUGUGCCACCCCCCCAUAGCGGGCAGGGAGACAGAGGGGGUGCCUGGUGCCCCCUCCCACCCUGUUCUUCCCCCAGGGCCCACAGACUCCACUGAGGCCCAGCCCAGCCUCCCCCCUCCCCCCAGAAAGGACCCCCUCCAGUGUGGUGGGGAGAGCCUUGAGACCCCAUACCCGGCGGGCCUCCCCGUACUCGUCUUUCCACUCCCCUAGUGCCCGCCUGCACCAGCAUCCCCUACCUGCAGCGCCUUCUUCCUGCUUUCUGCCCUUGGCCGCUAUCUGAGGAAAACAACCAAGCAGAGGAGCCCCAGGGCGGACAUCCACAUCCUCGCAGAGGACAGAAGGACAGGGCUGAUGCCCGCUCGCAGUGCCCGAGCUGGCCUCCCGACAGCGUCCUGGCUCCUCAGUUCAGCUGGGGGUGGAGUUGGAUGGAGCCCGGGUCGGGCCCUGGGUCUCCAGGCCGGAUGACUCUGCAGGCCGGGUCGGCGCUCGGCGCUUGGCUACCUGAUCGUCCUGGAUAAGGGAUGAGGUCACAUCCACAGGAGGACGAAUCGGCCCCAGCACCACCCGCACCUCCUCAAAUCCCUCAGGCAACUGGGAAAGACAUUGGCCAGCUCUGCCCACAGGAGCUGAAGGCCACAGAACUCUGCCUGCACUGGACAAGGCUGUCACCCCUGGCACUGGACCCCAGCCUCCACCCCCUUAGCCCAAGCUUGCCAGCCAGCCACCCAGGCCGGCCACCUCCCUGGGCCGCUCCGCCAGCUCAGGUCUGCGUCUCUGCACCACCACGUCUCGCUUGGUUUCCGUGGCAGCCGAAAGCCUGGAGCUUCGCCCGCCUCCCUCUGGCCUCCCAUCCUGCACCGUGGCUCCCCGUCUUUCCUGUCUGAAUGCAGGGGGAGGCGUCUGUGUCCCCAGCCCCAACCCCCACUGCCUUCUGAGACCUGGAGACCCCAGGCUCCACACCCAGUCUUCCUCCACUUCACCUCUGCAGCCUUCCCCGCGGCCGCGUGGGGCCCUGGGGAGCCGUUCCCCCGAGGAGGGGCAGCGCUUCCCACAGCACAGUUACUAGGGUUUGAGCCAUAGCAGGGAAAGGGGGCGCCAGGCUCCCCAGACCCGUGAGACCUAAAUCCACCAGAGUCUGGAGGAUCCAGACUAGCCAAGGAAGGUGGUGUCCCACCCAGCUCCCCCCCCCCAUGUACCUGCCCUGCCCCUCCCCACAUACCAGCCCUGCCCUGGUCCCACAUACCUGCCCUGCCCCCCAUACCUGCCCCCUCUCCCCCUUGCUCUCACCAGCCCCCUCUGCAGAGGAACACACUUGGAGCAGGUGGAGUGCUGACUGGACCUGGGCGCAGCAGCCUGGUGGCCUUGGCCUGCCCCUGCAGGGUGGGGUGGAGUGUCGCUGGGACAGCCUCCCUCCCCUCAACUCCCAGGUUGACGCCAGGGUGACCACUCCAAGAUCCCAGCCUCCUGGCUGAUAGCGGACAAUGUGACCCCUCUGGUGGCUGUCUCCUGCCCAGGGGUCAGCAAGAUGAGCUGCCUGGGGGAAGGGACAUCCAAGCACCUGCCCAUGGACAGCCUCUCACUCUCCCAGCGGCUUGGGGUGGAAGUGAGGAGGAUCCGGAGAAGGUUAUGUGUCCCAUGAGUGCUUGCAGGGAGAGAGGACAAGGACAAAGCCACAGAACUCCUUGAUGGUCCAAAGUGAACUCCAGCCACAGUCACCCCUGGUGCCCGGAUACAGGGUGCCCACAGUCGAGCCACUGGCAGCCCCUGGACUCAGGAUUUGGAGUUUGCUGCUGUGACUUGCAGUCUGGCUGUGCUGCUUGGGUGAUUGUAGACCCAUCGGGGCACUGGGUUUCUCUGUACCAGGGCACAUGGCUGGAAACUCCCACGGUGCCCACAGCUGGAGGCAUCCCACAGGAGAUGGAGGGCCUCUGCUCCCCUCACCCUGGGUGCCCAGGGCUGCAGCCACAGUACCCAGUGUGGCUUAUUUCCUGCAGCAGAAGGUGUCCCCACUCCCAGAGCACAAGAGCAAGAAUCAGGCAGUGUGUGUGUGUGUGUGUGUGUGUGUGUGUACCCACACAUGCGUGUGUCUGUGUGUGCCAGUCCUGGAGCUUGAACUCUGGCCUGGGCUGUUCCUGAGCUUUUGU